UAGAACGCUCUCGAAUGCAUAUAUCGGCACUUUGUUUCACAGUUCUGGACAAUCCCAAUAAUCUGACGAAGCUCGACAUAGUCAACUACUUAUUAAACUUUGUGCCUACUGAUACAGUUCUCUUUCAAAAUGAGACUGAAACGGAUUUUGCAAGAGCUGCAAUUGAAUGAAUGGGAUCCGGUAAUCAACUGGUUUAACAAACGUUUCGAGACAAAUCUACAGAAGACUAUGAGUAUAACACCGCCUUAUGUGACCGACGAAGAUAAAAUUAAAAUCGCCAAGCAUUUCCAGUCGUUCAGUCUAGAUACAUUGCAUGGAUAUACCUUUGCAGUGGAUACGCUGAAAUCGAUUGUGUUAGCUUGCGCUGUCAUUGAGCAGCAAAUUAGUGUGGAGAAAGCCGUUACACUCUCACGUCUAGAAGAGGAAUAUCAACUAAAGUUUUGGGGACGAGUCGAGUGGUCUCAUGACCUAAGUCAACAGGAUCUACAAGCUCGCCUGGCCGCCUCAGUGUUAUUUGUUCAUUUCAAUUGCUCAGAGCACCUUGUUCAAGAAAAACUCUUAUUAUAAUAUUAAAACGAACUUUCCUUUCUUUUGAAAA